AACUUGCUGCUGGAGACCGCGGCGGCUGCAGCCAGAGGGCUCCCAGCGGCUGGAGCGGCGGCGGCAGCGCGCAGAGCACCCAGACCCCUGCCCACCCUCGGGAGCAGGACGCGCGCAGCCUCUCCGCCCGCAACUAGGACGUCCGUCUGUCCCAGACCCCUGGAGGGUGCAAAAAUAUACAAAGAUUCAUAAUCAUCUGACUGACCCCCACAUUGAGCAAACAUGAAUGAUAUUUCCCAAAAGGCAGAGAUUCUGCUUUCUUCAUCUAAACCUGUCCCAAAAACCUAUGUGCCAAAGCUUGGCAAGGGUGAUGUAAAGGAUAAGUUUGAAGCCAUGCAGAAAGCCAGGGAAGAAAGAAAUCAAAGAAGAUCUAGAGACGAAAAGCAAAGAAGAAAAGAACAAUAUAUUAGAGAGAGAGAAUGGAACAGGAGAAAGCAGGAGAUUAAAGAAAUGCUUGCUUCUGAUGACGAGGAGGAGGCAUCUUCCAAAGUAGAAAAGGCCUAUGUCCCCAAGCUCACAGGAACCGUUAAAGGUAGAUUUGCUGAAAUGGAGAAACAAAGACAAGAGGAACAAAGGAAGAGAACAGAGGAAGAACGAAAACGCAGAAUUGAGCAGGAUAUGUUAGAAAAGAGGAAGAUACAACGUGAAUUAGCAAAAAAGGCUCAGCAGAUUGAGGACAUAAACAAUACGGGGACUGAAUCAGCAUCAGAGGAAGGAGAUGAUUCGUUACUUGUAACAGUUGUACCUGUCAAGUCACACAAGGCGUCUGGAAAAAUAAAGAAUUUUGAGGAUCUAGAAAAAGAACGAGAAGAAAAAGAAAGGAUUAAGUAUGAAGAAGAUAAGAGAAUAAGAUAUGAAGAAGAACGAAGAUCACUCAAGGAGGCAAAGUGUCUUUCAUUAGUUAUGGAUGAUGAACUGGAAAGUGAGGCAAAAAAAGAGUCCCUUUCUCCUGGAAAAUUGAAGCUAACUUUUGAAGAAUUGGAAAGACAGAGACAAGAAAACCGAAGGAAGCAAGCUGAAGAGGAAGCAAGACAACGUUUAGAAGAAGAGAAGCGUGCCUUUGAAGAAGCAAGGCGGCAAAUGGUAAAUGAAGACGAGGAAAAUCAAGACACAGAAAAAGUUUUUAAAGCAUACCGCCCUGGUAAACUCAAGCUCAGUUUUGAAGAAAUAGAAAGACAAAGAAGAGAAGAUGAAAAAAGAAAAGCAGAAGAAGAGGCCAGAAGAAGAAUAGAAGAAGAAAAGAAGGCAUUUGCUGAAGCAAGGAAGAGCAUGGUGGUAGAUGAUGAUGACACCCCAGAGAUGUAUAAAGCAAUCUCUCAAGAAUCUCUGACACCGGGAAAACUGGAAAUUAAUUUCGAAGAAUUAUUAAAACAAAAAAUGGAAGAAGAAAAACGACGAACAGAGGAGGAAAGGAAGCAUAAGCUAGAGAUGGAAAAACAGGAAUUUGAACAACUAAGACAAGAAAUGGGAGAGGAAGAAGAAGAAAAUGAAACCUUUGAGCUGAGCAAGGAAUAUGAAGAAUUAAUCAAAUUGAAAAGGAGUGGGUCUAUUCAAGCUAAAAACUUAAGAAGCAAGUUUGAAAAAAUUGGUCAAUUGUCUGAAAAAGAAAUCCAGAAAAAGGUAGAAGAAGAGCGAGCAAGGAGGAGAGCAAUUGACCUUGAAAUUAAAGAGCGAGAAGCAGAAAACUUUCAUGAGGAAGAUGAUGUUGAUGUCAAACCUGCAAAAAAAAGUGAGGCUCCAUUUACUCAUAAAGUGAAUAUGAAAGCUAGAUUUGAACGAAUGGCUAAGGCAAGAGAAGAAGAAGAACAAAGAAGAAUUGAAGAACAAAAGUUACUACGCAUGCAGUUUGAACAAAAGGAAAUUGAUGCAGCACUACAAAAGAAAAGAGAAGAGGAGGAAGAGGAGGAGGCUAGCAUCAUGAAUGGCUCAACUACUGAUGAUGAAGAGCAAACCAGAUCAGGAGCUCCGUGGUUCAAGAAGCCUUUAAAAAACACAUCAGUUGUUGACAGUGAGCCCGUCAGAUUUACUGUUAAAGUAACAGGAGAACCCAAACCAGAAAUCACAUGGUGGUUUGAAGGAGAAAUACUGCAGGAUGGAGAAGACUAUCAAUAUAUUGAAAGAGGAGAAACUUACUGCCUUUAUUUACCAGAAACUUUCCCAGAAGAUGAAGGAGAGUAUAUGUGUAAAGCAGUGAACAAUAAAGGUUCUGCGGCUAGUACUUGUAUUCUUACCAUUGAAAGUAAGAAUCAAUCACUAUUAAUCUAGGCCUUUUAUUCUAUUUAAAUAUUUUUAUCCUCAAAAAAAAAAAAAAUCACUUUUCUUCUUCUCUUUUUUAGCUGACGACUACUAGGCUCCCCUUCCCUCUCCCUGGAACUUUCUCCUUUCUCUCUCCAACUUUCUUACUGCAUCCAUCUUUUCCAUGGCGGGGCCAAAAAAGGAAGACAGAUGUGCCACUAUGUUGACUUCUUAUUCCUUUUCAUAAGUCUUCAAAACACAAGGUCGUCUAAAGAGUAUCUUCUUGCUUUCCAAAUGAGAACCAGAUUCAUCACUGUAUUGUGCAGAAGUGUCUUUAACAGGAAAGUGGGAAAUUUACUCAGUCAUUUAUUCUAUCAGAACCUGUUACAAGGUUGUAUAUUUCCCUAAGUUUACAGCAUCUAUGUUUUAAAAAACCAUAGGUAGAACACUAAUUAAACUGCAUGAAAUGCUAUUUAUGAGCUAUUUACGUAUCUAUGGUUAGCCUGAAAUAGCUACAACUAAUGAAUUUGGAACCUAUCAAUUUGAGUGGGCCUUUCCUCAUUAUUUUGGUUGUUGUUCAGUUUGUCUUUCUAAAGCAGAUGUAUUUAAGAGGGUUUUCAUUCCUUUUAUGGGAAAGGAAGACAGAAAUUAAGUUAAAACAUUUGUUAGAGACUAUUUGCUGCUGGAAACCAUUGCCUAUUCAGAGUUUUGAGAGUAUUUUUCAAAUGUGUGUACUAUAUAUUCAAGCUUAUUAAGUUUAUGUUGUGAUCUUGGCUGAACAAAUUACAUUUUUAAUGAGAAAACUUCAUGCAGCAGUAAAUACUUCCAACACAAAGAUUUCCUGAUCUAAGAGGAUUAGAUUUAAGGACAAACAACACAAUCUUCAAUUUUAAAUUCUGGUCUUUAAAAUGAGUUUGUAAAUUAUUAGCUACUAUGUUCUAUUAUCAAGUUGUUUUGUAUUUAAUUUUCUGGAAGACGAAUUUAUUUUACACUGUAAAUCCAUAAUAAAGUAACUUGUGCAUUAAAAAGUAUUUUAGAAAACAGACAAAACAGUUUCUUAUAAUAUUCAUCAAUGUACAUUUAUUUUUUUUAUUGAGGAAACCAUAAUCAAUACAAAAUUACAGUAAUCAUGUACCCUUUUACAUACAAUGUCAUUAAAGCAAACUCUUAACCACAGUUUGUAAAGU